AUGUCAACCGAGGCUCAGACACGACUGUCAACUUCACCGAAUAUAACAAGUCACCACGCGCAAGUACCAAAGAUCUUCCUCACAUCCAGCGCGCUCGAACAAAUGACUGAAUCCCAAACGAAGCCAUUCACCACGAUAUCGACCUUGAAGAUUAUCGAAUCUUCAUAG